AUGGCGCGUGCAGUUUUUUGCAUGGUCGUCGCUUGCAUUUGGUUGCAAUGCGUUUACUCUGCCAAAUUUGAUGCAGAGAAUCGACGUCUGAUUGUCGAUAUCAAUGAUCAAAAGACAACGAACCAACAAUAUUAUUCGUCAAACUUUGACACAAGUAAGUAA